UCGUAGGGCAAAUGCACGCCUCGCUGCUGCAGCGCUUUUUGGGUUCAAACUGAGCUUUCUCACCGUCGGCAGGUUUCUAAUCUGGUGAUCCCGCAUCGGAAUUUUGAAGCAGCGACUGUUGACAACCCAUGUUUCAUCCCCUUGGUUGGAUCGCAAGUUCCCGCGUUAAAUUCCGCUCCCCUGUCCCUUCCCAACACAUCAUCAUCUAUCGCCCUGCCCCAGUCUCCCUUGUGGUCCCCUCUUCUGUGUGUUCUUGGACGGCCUGGCUGGACGCAGCUCCGUUUUUCGGUCUGUUUCUGCGUUCCUUGGCUCACGCUAAGCCAAGUCUACAGUCUCUCUCGAGAGAGAGCCGGGGUCCGGGGGAUAUCUCUGCAACGCUUCAGUCCUCUCUAGCUUCUGUCAGCUUUCUCUUCCGGAUAUCUAGGCAUGGCGACCAUCCGCCACAUAGAGCAAGUUCAAGAAGGGAGAAAAAAGAAGGAAAGAAAGACAUACAACACCGAGGAUUCGCUGGUCGUCACCGACCCAACUACUGACUCGGCCCUUACCAGCUUGACUAAGGGAGAGCGGACGGGAUCCCGUAUUUUCUGGUAGGUAUGGUCGUAUGUACUAGAAGCGGGUGUUUCGAAUGCUUAUAUGGUUUCGA